CGGGGGCUGCUCCACUGCCGGGGGCGGGCCGGGGGCUGCUCCGCUGCCCGGGGCGGGGAGAACACUCGCACCCACGCACUGGGGUCCCUGAGCAGCGCAAGUUUCCGCAGGGCACCGCCACGGAGUUGCGCGGGGGGCGGCCCCGCCGUGCCCGCCCGUCCGUCCGUCCGUCCGUCCGUCCGCCGCUUUGUUCCCGGAGGAUGCGGCGCGCCUAACCCCGGCCCAGGCGGUGGGGCCGCAGCGGGGGCAGGGGCAGCCCUCCGCCGGAAAACUCCGCGCCGCCCUCCUUCCUCCUCCUCCUCCUCUUCCUCCUCCUCCUCCUCCUCCUCCCGCUCGCAGCCCCGGCGCGGAGCGAUGCUCCGGGGGCCGGCGGGCGGCGAUGGAGCGGGGCGGUAGCGCGGAGCCGCCCAGCACAGCGGCCCCUCGGGCAGCUGCCCGCGGCCCCUGAGCGCCGGCAGGAGGAGGAGGAGGAGGAAGAGGAAGGCCGGGGGAGCCAGCAGAGCGCGGCCAUGGAGGAGUGGCGGCAGUGCGGCCGCUGGCUCAUCGACUGCAAAGUUUUGCCCCCGAACCACCGGGUGGUCUGGCCCUCGGCCGUGGUCUUCGACCUGGCACAGGCGCUGCGGGACGGGGUGCUGCUGUGCCAGCUGCUGCACAACCUGUCCCCCGGCUCCAUCGACCUCAAGGACAUCAACUUCAGGCCGCAGAUGUCCCAGUUUCUGUGCUUGAAGAACAUCAGGACCUUCCUGAAAGUGUGCCACGACAAAUUUGGGUUAAGGAACAGCGACCUCUUUGAUCCCUUUGACCUCUUCGACGUGAGGGAUUUUGGGAAGGUGAUCUCUGCAGUAUCCAGGCUCUCCUUCCACAGUAUUGCUCAAACCAAAGGAAUUAGGCCCUUCCCUUCGGAGGAGACCACGGAGAAUGACGAUGACGUGUACCGGAGCUUGGAGGAGCUGGCAGACGAACACGACCUGGGGGAGGACAUCUACGACUGCGUCCCCUGCGAGGAUGAGGGCGAUGAUAUCUACGAGGAUAUCAUCAGAGUGGAAGUUCAGCAGCCCAUGAUCAGAUACAUGCAGAAAAUGGGAAUGACAGAAGAUGACAAAAGGAAUUGCUGUUUGCUAGAAAUCCAAGAAACUGAGGCCAAAUACUACAAAACCCUUGAAGACAUAGAAAAGAACUACAUGAACCCCCUGAGGCUGGUGCUGACUCCCCAAGACAUGGAAGCAAUUUUUAUCAAUUUGGAGGACCUAAUUAAAGUGCACUUCAGUUUCCUGAGAGCCAUCGAUGUCUCCAUGAUGUCUGGAGGAAGCAGCCUGGCAAAAGUGUUCCUGGAGUUCAAAGAGAGGCUGCUGAUUUACGGCAAGUACUGCAGCCACAUGGAGUACGCCCAGAACACCCUGAACCACCUCCUGGCCAGCCGCGAGGACGUGCGGCAGAAGGUGGAGGAAUGCACACUGAAGGUCCAGGAUGGGAAAUUUAAACUGCAGGAUCUGCUGGUGGUUCCAAUGCAAAGAGUUUUGAAGUAUCAUCUCCUGUUAAAAGAGCUGCUCAGCCACUCCUCAGACAGGCCAGAGAAGCAGCAGCUGAAGGAGGCUCUGGAGGCAAUGCAGGACUUGGCCAUGUACAUUAAUGAAGUCAAGAGGGACAAAGAGACUUUGAAGAAAAUAAGUGAAUUUCAGAGCUCCAUAGAAAACCUGCAGGUGAAGCUGGAGGAGUUUGGGAGGCCGAAGAUCGACGGGGAGCUCAAGGUGCGCUCCAUAGUGAACCACACCAAGCAGGACAGGUAUUUAUUUUUAUUUGAUAAAGUGGUGAUCGUCUGCAAGAGGAAAGGAUACAAUUAUGAGCUGAAGGAAAUUAUUGAGCUGCUCUUCCACAAGAUGACUGAUGACCCCAUGAAUAACAAGGACAUUAAGAAGUCCCAUGGAAAAAUGUGGUCCUACGGCUUCUACCUGAUCCACCUCCAGGGAAAACAGGGCUUCCAGUUCUUCUGCAAGACUGAGGAGAUGAAGAGGAAGUGGAUGGAGCAGUUUGAAAUGGCCAUGUCCAACAUCAAGCCAGAGAAAGCCAACGCAAACCACCACAACUUCCAGAUGUACACAUUUGAAAAGACAACCAACUGCAAAGCCUGCAGGAUGUUCCUGAGAGGAACCUUCUACCAGGGCUACCUUUGCCCCAAAUGUGGAGCAGGUGCUCACAAGGAGUGCUUGGAGAUUAUUCCUCCCUGCAAAAUGGGUUCUUCAGCAGACCAGGAUUCACUGGGUGCUGGACCUGGUCCUAAAAUGGUGGCUGUUCAGAAUUACCAUGGAAACCCAGCCCCUCCUGGGAAGCCAGUGCUGACCUUUCAAAUUGGGGACGUGAUGGAGCUGCUGAGGGGGGACCCCGACUCACCAUGGUGGGAGGGGAGGCUGCUGCAGACCAAGAAGUCGGGUUAUUUCCCCAGCUCCUCGGUGAAACCCUGCCCCGUGGAUGCCAGGCCCCCCAACAGCCGGCCGCCCUCGCGGGAGAUCGACUACACAGCCUACCCGUGGUUUGCAGGGAACAUGGAGAGGCAUCAGACAGACAACCUGCUCAAGUCCCACGUCAGCGGCACCUACCUGAUCCGGGAGCGGCCGGCUGAGGCCGAGCGCUUUGCCAUCAGUAUUAAGUUCAACGAGGAGGUGAAGCACAUCAAGGUGGUGGAGAAGGACAACUGGAUCCACAUCACGGAAGCCAAGAAGUUCGAGAGCUUGCUGGAGCUGGUUGAGUACUACCAGAGCCACUCGCUGAAGGAGAGCUUCAAGCAGCUGGACACAACUCUGAAAUACCCCUACAAAUCCCGGGAGCGCUCUACCUCCAGGACCUUCCCCCGCUCCCCAGCCUCCUGCGCUUCCUACAACUUUUCUUUUCUCAGUCCUCAGGGCCUCAACUUUUCUUCUCAGAGCUCCUCCAGUCCCUUCUGGUCAGUGUUCACCCCCCGGGUCAUAGGCACGGCCGUGGCACGGUACAACUUCGCGGCGCGGGACAUGCGGGAGCUGUCGCUGCGGGAGGGGGACGUGGUGAAGAUCUACAGCAGGAUUGGAGGGGACCAGGGAUGGUGGAAGGGGGAGACCAACGGAAGGGUGGGCUGGUUCCCCUCGACCUACGUGGAGGAGGAGGGCGUGCAAUGACCGCGGCCGUGGCCGCUGGAAGUCGUCGAGCGCCCGGAGCCAGCAGCUGCAGCCUGAGCACACUGUCCCCGUGCUGGACACCUCCCAGGACUGUCCCUGCAGCCCCUCACGACCCCCUCUCCGUGCAGGCUGCCCCGGCCUGGCCCCCGUUGCGUGUACAGAAGAUUGAUGGGCUGUGGGAUGGCGCCGGUGGAGAGCCCCGGGAGAGCCGCGCUCUCCCCGAUGGACAGAGCUCAGAGACUCUGGGUGCCCAGCAGGGCGUGGGCACUGCACCCCUCCUGUGGCAGGGGGUUCUAAAAGCCACUGUGGGGAUGCUGGAGGGAGGGUGAGGCUGAAGGGUUUGUGCCUGGGUGAGAAUUUGGGGGUUCCAGGGGAGGGAGCCCCAAGGAGGCCACGCAGACCCCCUGGCACACCACUCAGGGGGUCCCCAGGUCAGGAUUUUGGCAGUGGCCCUGGCAGCCAUGGGCACCAUUGUGCUGUGGAGGCAUUGCAGACCCUCUGCCACACCACUCAGGGGGUCCCCAGGUCAGGAUUUUGGCAGUGGCCCUGGCAGCCAUGGGCACCACCGUGCUGUGGCCAGGGUGAGGGGCAGGGUGGGCACACCUGGCCUGGGAGGAGGAGAGGGCUGUGACCAUUUUGACCCUCAGGUGUAGGCUGGAAAUGGAGCUCCAGGAGGGGAAAGAGCCAUUUUGGCACCCCCAAGCCCAUUUUCUUUACAGUCACCUCAGUCCCACACCAGCCUUGCUGCAGGCAGGGGGUGCCCAGGGAGCAGCCUGGUGCCACUGGUGAGCAGGAGGUGUCAGUGCAUUGCAGGACUGGAGAUGGGCUCCACACGAGGGUUUCAGAGGCCACCAAGGCACCAGGUACAUGCAGAGCACGCGUCCCUGGGUCUGUCCUCCCCAAGCCAGGCUGAUUUUCCUUGCAGCUGUGACAAUUCCCACCUCAUGAGCUCAGGGUGAACCCACCUGAAUAAGGGCUAUGGUAUCAAGUCCCGAAUCCUGUCCCUGAGCUGUGAAAGCAUCUCCUCUUCCCAGCUGUGUGCACUUUUGGGGGCUGGCAGCGUUGCCCCCCAGCUCUUCCUCCCACAGGCUGUUCCUGCUGCUGCUGUCAAGUAAAGGUCCACGUGUUGUGACAUUCCCACUGUGUCCUGAGCACCCUCUGUCCUUCCCAAAGUGCAAAUACGAACAAAAUCCACGUGUGGGAGCGUGGCAGGGAACAGCUUCCAUGUGUCUGAGCCCCAGGAGCUGCCUCUCUGAAUAUGUGACAUUUUGGGCUGGUGCUUCCACGCCCUGCUGUCGUUCCCCUGGGAUUUGGGGUAGUCCUGCUGUGGGAUCCUGCUGUAGGUCUGGGAGGUGCCAGUGGGAUAAGAAUGGAAGACUUUGGAUCUCUCAAGGACAAGGGAACGAUGCUGACUUGGGAAUGACACGCUGCUGCUCAGUGGCGAGCCCAGAGCCACCCUGCUUUGCUCCCUGUUCCUGCCGGGAGUGUCCCCACCCGUGGGGUGUGAGGGGUGCAGUGGGGUCUGGCCAGGGCAGACGGGAGGUGACAGGGACACGGGGGGCUCAGGGCAUUCCCAAGGUACUGUUUGGUGCUAACCCCUCCCAGGCAGCCCCUCCGUGCUCAGUUUGAGGGGAGCAGCCAGCAGGGAGCUGACAAUCCCCUGCUCCUGUGCAGAGCAGAGGGUCCCAUUCCCGUUCCAGAGGUUGUGCUGGAGCUGAGGGGGCGUUUUGGGUGGGUGGGACACACAAACUCCUGCUGGCUCCUGUUCUGCCUCACAUCCUAAAGCCUUACAGCCCCUCCUGCUUAACGUGGCCAAUUUUGUAAGGUGGCAAGGGCACAGCCCUGUCACGGGCACCUGUGUCCCCCAAAGGGACCCCCACCCUCUGCCUGCCCUGCCAAACCCCCUCCCCCAGAGAGCUCUCCCUCUUGUGUUUACUGGUGUAAGAAACUUGUUAAAAAAAAGAAAGAGAUUGUUCUGUUUGUAAGUAAUUAUUCAGCCAUUUGCCACAAAUAUAUCUGUGAAUAAGAAAGGGAAAUGUUUUUUUUAUGAUGGCAGGAAAAUUGUUAUGUAUUAUUUUAGGUCGUCGCAGAUCAUUUGGAAUUGCAAUGGGAUACGUUGGAAAAUAAUAUGUAAAUUCCUUGGGUUUUUCCUUUGCACUGCACUAACUGGGGUAGGGUGGAGGGGGUUUAAAGAUAAAACUGUUUGUUUAAUGGAAUAGUUUAUAGCUGGGAAUUUGGAAAUCAUUUGGAAUAGCUUGUAAUGCUGGAAUAGAAACUUUAGCUGCUACUUAGAAACCCUUUUGCAUGUGGUUUUUCCAGGCCUUUUUAAGUUACAAUUCAUCAAAGUAAAUUCCCCAACGGAAAAAAAAACCAACAAAACAAAUAAAGUGUAAUUUUGCUGAUAGGUA